GAAAGCUUACCUCACUGAGUUGAUAGCUUCACGUCUCCUCUAAGGAUUAGGUUACAGCUGCAUCAAUAGCUUCAUCCGUGAACCAGCAUUGCUAUUGGUCUAAAGAGCACAAAAAAAUAUCAGCCAUGGUAGACAGUACAUUUUACUCUAAAUUUAUACUUCGAGAAAACAAUUCGAAGCUAUACACGAGCUGUACAAACAGACAGAAACGAGAUUCACAAGCUCAGGACGGAAGCAUUUGCUCCUGAAGACGGCAGCCACGUGGGUUGGACAGACUUCACGAUAUGUAUGUCGAAAGCGAACGGCAGAAUGGAAGCCUUUCAGCAGUCGUGGCAAACCUUUCCUAACAAUCAUUGACUCACAGAAUCGAAGUAUUUCAAGAGGUAGUUGGGAUUUCGGAAGGAAGCAGUCCUGGAAGUUUAGCGUUGAUGUAUUGUUAGACUGUCAAGGCUGCGCACUUAGGAAUUUCUAGGUGAAUGCUAGCUGCGCUGUCGUCUGGAUGUUGUGCUAGAUAGGUAAAUCUGGUUGGUGCUGUCAAAGGUAUACCAGAACUCCGGAGCUUGACACUUAGACAGAGUUUUGAGCGGGUAGCUGAUCGUAUGUAUCCAAGCCUCUGGAUUCAGCACUCGAUCAAUGUAAUGCUGACAUGAAUGCCAACAAAGGUUUAUGAUCUGGCGAACUGGAAUUGAAGAGACGUUGUGGACACUGAGGAUGAUUGAUUGAAAACACGUAGAGAGGAGGAGGUCUUGGAAAUUGGAAUUUCGACAAAAAGUGACCUGUGAUGUUUUCGCACAGUUGAAUCUUUCGAAAUUUUGUAACAGGAACGUUGGGAUUUACGGUCCAUCUGACCAGUGAUCUCUGUUGGCACGAAAAUGGCUGCAGUGCGAGGUGGAAAUUGGUCUCAUUAACCACCAGACGGAUAUCUUCGACGGAAGGAAUUGUGAGGUUGUCAUUGUGAAGCGACUAAUAGCAGGGAGGUUUGAGGUAGUUCAGGUAGAAUCACAUCGCAAGAUGUCGAAGGUAGCACUCCUGGCUGCUACUGGCAGACAUCAGAAUGCAGAAGAGAAUGAUAACCCGUCAAAUAACGAGACAGCGAAUGCUUGGUACAUCCAGGAUUUCUCCAUCGCAGCAGGCCCAAUCGCAGGUCUUCUGACGAAAUUCAUUUUCCUCGCUGAUCAAGAACACACCCAGGCAGGAUCUCAGAAGCUAGCAUCUAUGUUCGCAAUUCUUAUUUGGAUAUGCGUAUGGUGGAUGACCGAAGCUGUUCCCGUGGCCAUAACUGCCCUUUUACCCCUCUUCCUCUUUCCUCUUUUGCAAAUUUCGACAGCGAACGAAGUAGCCAAAGCAUACAUGAACGACACUAUUUCGCUCUUCAUAGGAUCCUUCAUCCUUGCACUAGCAGUGCAGAAAUACAACUGCCACAAGAGACUAGCUCUUAAAACUCUUCUGGUCUUCGGGGGAGAGAAGAUGGACCCAAGAUUCCUCCUCUUGGGGUUCUGCGCCGGUCCAGCGUUCGUGAGCAUGUUCAUGUCGAACACUGCUACGGCGGUGAUGAUGAUUCCCAUGGCCAUUGGGAUCGUUCAUAAAGUUCAAAACCCACUCAUGGUUGAGCAGUCAAGCGCAUCCGCUGACGCACCCAAAUUCCCUGUGCAAGACUACGGAACAAGAUUAGAUCCUGAAUCACCAAGUGACGAAGAGAGCGGAUACGGGAUGGAGCAAUCUUGUGAGACCUCUGCGCAAGCUAUGGGGGACAAGGCCUUACGUGAGUAUUCUAAAGGAGUGGUGCUUGCGGUGGCCUACGCAGUCGGAGUUGGGGGAAUGGCGACUCUAACAGGGACAGGACCAAACCUCGUAUUCUCGGGAAUUUUUCGAAGCCUUUUCCCUGAUGCGCAACCGGUGACGUACACUCAAUGGCUGAAAUUCGGAUUACCCCUAGGCUUCAUCUUUCUCGUUUUGCUGUGGAUCAUGCUUUGCGUAAUGUUCUGUCCUUCGAAAGUAGUGCCCAUUGUGUCCGCAUCCCUCAGCAGGUCCGUCAUCCAGAAAGAAUACAUUUCUCUAGGAGCAAUGGAUUCCGCAGAAAAGACAGUGGUGUCACUUUUUAUGGUUCUUGCUUUCAUGUGGAUGACGCGGGCAACAAACGGAGUUGUGCCGGGAUGGGGAAGCUAUUUCAAUGCCUACGCAGAUGAUGGCACUGUUAGUAUUCUGAUGGCAAUGUUCUUAUUUAUCAUGCCAUUCCGAAGCAAGCAGAAGCUGAUGACUUGGGCAGACUGCAAGAAGCUCCCUUGGGAUAUUGUUCUUGUGCUUGGUGGAGGAUUUGCUCUAGCAGAUGGCGUCCGCGAGAGCGGCUUGUCUGAUUGGAUUGCCUCGCACCUUAGUUGCUUACAUUCAAUCCCGUAUCUCCUCAUUACUCCCUGUAUUGCAACACUGGUCGCCAUUGUCACUGAAUUCACAUCAAAUAAUGCAACUGCUACUAUAUUCCUUCCGUUGUUGGCGGAAGUGUCGGUUUCCCUCAACAUUCACCCUCUCUACCUAAUGGUCACAGCAACACUAGCUGCUUCGUUCUCCUUCAUGCUUCCCAUUGCGACACCUCCAAAUGCUGUAGCGUACACAGCCGGGAAACUGCGUAUGACCGAUAUGGCUCUUUCCGGAUUUCUGCUCAAAUGCACCGGAAUUCUUUUGCUAUCCGUACUCAUGCCAACUCUAGGUUCGGCGGUUUUUAACUUGGAUCACGCAUUUCAUAAUUGAGUAUCCUGUACACCACCAAAGCAGGACCAAACAACUUCCACAUUACAGGCAAGUUGUACCACAUAAUUAGCCUCGGCAACCUGAGGUUACAUCAGUUAUCCUGGAUAAAGUUGAAAGAGUGACGAGAUUCAAGAACCAACUCGUACCAUUAGAGGUGACGAAGAUCGUGCUAUUGGGAGAUGUCAGAGUACACCCCUAUUGAGGAUUUCUUCUACUUUCGUUCACCUAUCGUGAGCAUUAAUUUUCGAAUCUGGAGAUUAGAAAGUAAUAUCCGUGUUGUAAUUCACUAAAAUGACACAUCAAUUAUUUAACAUGUACACCGUGUUGCAAAGUAGGAUGUUAUAUAAAGAUUUUUUCAAACAACGGGUUUCAA